AUGGAGUGUAGUGCUAUUCUCCAAAGAGGUUUACCAGAGAAGAAGGAUGAUCCUGGAAGGUUUUAUAUACCUUGCACCAUAGGAAACAUAACAAUUGAGAAAUCAUUCUGUGAUCUUGGUGCAAGCAUAAACUUAAUGUCUCUAUCUCUCAUGAGGAAACUUCACAUUCUUGAGCUGAAAUCCACUCGAAUAGCUCUCCAAAUGGCUAACAAAUCCAUUAAGCAAGCACUGGAAGUUGUGGAGAAUGUGCUAGUAAAAGUGGAAAAAUUCUUUCUUCCAGCAGACUUUGUUAUCCUAGAUAUGGAAGAUGACCCUAACACUCCCAUCAUUCUAGGGAGGCCUUUUUUAGCUACGGGCAGAGCAUUGAUAGAUGUUGAAAAAGGGGAGCUGUUGCUAAGAGUACAUAAUGAGCACCUAGCAUUUCAUGUCUUCAAGACUCUACAUGAGCCCACUCAAGAAGAAGAAUGCAUGAAGGAUAGGACCAGAGGAAAACAAGAAGGAAAACAAGUGGACUCCAAGAGGUUGUAUUGUUACUUUACUGUCUUUAGCUUAAAUGUGUUAAUUGAAAGUGCAAUCGUUCCCUUGUUGAUUAGUGUCCUGUUAGAGUGA